UUGGAGGCCAUUGUUAUCUUCUGAAGAAUUGUGGAGGAGAUUUUUGCUGCUUGGAGCUACCCCACCACCAAGCUUCACCACUUCCGCUUGGGGAAAUUCACAACGCUGUGGAUGACAGAGGUGGCCGAGUCUAGUUCUAGACGAGUGUCACGUACCGAUACCCUAUCAGGCCAAUUGAGACGACCUUGCCAUCCACCUUAGGCUUUCCUCCACUUUUUAUUCUCCAGGGCGUAAACGUUCUCAUACACACUUGGAAGCUCAACAGGGAAUUCUCUCCAUAGUCUUCUCCAUUUCAAGCAAUUAUUACUCAAACGGAUGCCAUCAUGUCUCUCCCCUACUCCCCACGAUUCGCCUAUUACGACGGCAAACCUCAGUCCUCGACAUCCACAACCUCCUUCCAAACCCUCUCACCCUCGACCUCAUCCCCACUGGCAAAUAUCCACACUACAAACCCCUCAGCAAUCGACGCCGCCAUCGCCUCGGCCCAAAAAGCUUUCCCGGCAUGGUCCUCUACGCCUCCAAUUGAACGCGCGCGGGUACUCCAAAAAGCCGCCUCCAUCCUCCGAUCUCGAAACGAUGAACUCGCUAAGAUAGAAACCGACGACACCGGAAAACCUUUCUCAGAAACCAGCACAGUAGACAUUGUCACCGGCGCCGAUGUCCUCGAAUACUUUGCUAACCUCGUAGGCGGGGGCGGUCUGAAUGGCGAAACCAUCCAGCUCCGUCCCAACGCCUGGGUCUACACGACCAAAGCCGCGCUCGGCGUGUGCGCUGGCAUCGGCGCAUGGAAUUAUCCGAUUCAAAUCGCGCUCUGGAAAUCCGCACCCUGUCUCGCGGCCGGAAACACCAUGGUAUACAAACCAUCUGAAUUCACACCCUUACACUCCACCAUUUUAGCGGAAAUAUAUUUAGAAGCAGGGGUCCCUCCAGGCGUGUUCAACGUAAUACAAGGCGGAGGCGAAGUUGGUGCAUAUCUAACUUCACAUCCCUCGAUCGCAAAAGUGUCGUUUACCGGGCAAGUCUCCACCGGGCAGAAAGUGGCGGGUAGUGCUGCUGGCGGCAUGAAGUACGUGACCAUGGAACUCGGCGGGAAGUCUGCAUGCGUGAUCUUGCCAGAUGCAGAUAUUGAGCAAGCGGUUGAUGGCGCUAUGAUGGCGAAUUUCUUCUCCACGGGCCAGGUGUGCACGAAUGGGACGCGAGUUUUUAUUCCAGAAGCGAUAAAAUCAGCAUUUGAAUCCCGGUUACUGGAGAAAAUGUCAUAUAUACGAGCAGGCGAUUUGAUGGACCCGAACACCAAUUUCGGACCGCUAGUCAGUAAACCGCAUUGGGAGAAAGUAACAACGUACAUCAAACACGGUAUCGAAAUCGAUAAAGCAAACCUCAUAUACGGCGGUCUCGGCAAACCAUCCUGGCUCAGCGCUGCAUCCAACAAGGAAUUCCAAAACGGGAACUGGAUCCAACCCACAAUCUUCACCGACUGCUCCGAUGCGAUGAAGAUCGUGCAGGAAGAAAUCUUCGGCCCGGUGAUGACAAUUCUGACGUACAAGACUGUUGAAGAAGUCAUCCAGCGCGCGAACGAGACAAAGCUCGGGCUUGCUGCUGGCGUGUUUACAAAAGAUCUUAAUCUAGCGCAUCAUGUGAUUUCGAGGUUAGACGCUGGCAUAACGUGGAUAAACACGUGGGGUGAAUCCCCUGCAGAGAUGAGCGUCGGGGGCUGGAAAAUGAGUGGAUUGGGCGUCGAGAAUGGCAAGCGAGGGCUAGAGGCUUGGGUUAGGAAUAAAAGCACGCUUGUAGAUAUGGCUGGGAAGGUACCGACGGUGUUCUCUAAGCUCGAAACGCCUACCGCGACGCCAAAGCUAUAAAUGUGCAGAGUGAAUAUCAGAGCGUUAGUAAGCCAUGUAAAUAGAUUUGUCUGCUUGUGAGGGCCGUGAAGGCUCGUAAACAGGACUGAAUUAGGAAAGCGAUCUUCAGCAGCUGAUAAAGGUGCUGGCUAAUAAGGAGAU